CCUGCCGCUGGAGCCCGGGCUGGCCGAGGGAUGUGGCGCUAGCGGCCAUGGAGCCGCCGGAGGAGCGCACCGAGAGCCGGCUGGUCUCCUUCCAGUACGUGCACGUGCAGCUGCAGGGGGGCGCGCCCUGGGGCUUCACCCUCAAGGGGGGGCUGGAGCACGGGGAGCCCCUCAUCGUCUCCAAGGUUGAAGAUGGGGGUAAGGCAGCCCUGUCCCGCAAGAUGCGGCCUGGGGACGAGCUGGUGAACAUCAAUGGCACCCCGCUGUACGGCUCCCGGCAGGAGGCGCUCGUCCUCAUCAAAGGCUCCUACCGCACACUGAAGAUGAUUGUCAGGAGGAGGAACGUGCCCGUCAUCAGGCCCCACUCCUGGCACCUGGCCAAGCUCUCCGAGGUCCGGACCGAGGCUGCCACCAUGCACUGUCCCUCUGAUGCCUUCAGCUUGUCCUGGCACUCAGGAUGUGACUCCAGUGACCUGUCCCUGCAGUGGGCCCAGCUGUCUCGCCAUUGCAGCACGGAGAAAAGCAGCUCCAUCGGAAGCAUGGAGAGCCUGGACCCACCCGGCCAGACAUACUAUGAGGGCAGCCUCUCGCCUGUGGACCAGAGCAUGUACCAGAACAAGCGGGACUCUGCCUAUAGCUCCUUCUCGGCCAGCUCCAAUGCCUCAGACUAUGCCCUGUCCCUGCGCCCUGAAGAGACCUCCUCCACAGACUCUAUCCUCCAGGGCCUGGGCCCCAGCCGAGCCCAUGAGGGGCGCUACCUGCAGACGGGUAGCGAGGGGGCAGAUGUCUCCCACCAGCUGUGUGGACACUUGGCACCCAACUCCAGGCCCUCCUCAUGCCCCCACGAAAGCAACCUGUCGGGCUCCGCCAAAUCAGGCGCCCCUCCCCAGCCUCCCGUUAGGAGGGACAGCCUCCGGGCCUCCAACUCCCAGCCAGCUGGCACCGAGCGACGCCGGGCCUCUGCCCCCGCUGAUGCUCUGCACCUCCCAGGCCGAUGGACCUCAGACACCUCGCUGUGCCUGCGAGACAAGGAGCCUGAGGGGGUGGGAGGCCACCCGAAGGAGCACCUGUCUGCCGACCAGUACUAUAUGCUGAGCUCCCACCUGGACAGACGUCAGCCCAGCAUGGAGCCGCUGUUAGGGGAGAGCACAGACCAUCCUCAGGGGGCUGCCCAGGGGAAGUGCCAGGAUAACGGUGCCUACGAAGGACAGCCAGGUGCCAACAUUGACCCGCCCCAGUCUCCUCGGAAGGGGCACCGGCACAGUGCCCCUGAGCAGCUGCUUGCAUCCCAGCUGCGCUCCCUGAAUGUAGCCAUGGGCAGCAGUCACUGGGACACCCAGCUGCAGGACAGGCAUCAAUGGACUGUGAACCCGCUGCACUUGGAGCAGCCAGGACUCAGCCAGCAGACAGAGGAUGCCAAAGAGCAGCCGUGCACGGAUCCAGCCGCGGGCACAGACCGUGCUGAUGACCACGCCACACAAGCACAGCACUCCCCUGGCCAGGCCCAGGACUCCUGCCAUAGCCAGGGGCCGUACAGGUGUUACCCAGAGCUGGAGAGAUCCUGUAGCACCCCCAGCGAGUCAGCCAUGCCACCACAGCCUGCCAGCGUGACCCCCGCAUGCAGCUCCAAGGCACUGGUGGAGGAGGGGAAGGAGUCCGGGCAGAGCAGGCCCAGUGCCAGGAAAUCGGGCCCUUCCCAUCAGCGAUCAGCCCAGCUGCGGCGCCGGAGUGAGCGCUUCGCUACCAACCUGCGCAAUGAGAUCCAGAGGAGGAAGGCCCAGCUGCAGAAGAGCAAGGGCUCUGUGGCUCUGCUGUGUGGGGAAGAGCCAGUAGAGGAGACGGACGAGCCAUGCGAGAGCCACCCCAGUCCCUCAGCCCCGCCAGAGGGCAGGCUGCCUAGCUCAGGGGACAGGAGCUCUGUCGGCAUGGCACAAGCCAGAGCCAAGUGCCUGAGUCCCACACCGGGCACGGCGCCUGCUGGGGAACAUGGCAGGAACCCCGGCCACCCAGCCAACAGGAGUGCCCCCACCCCCCAGCCUGCACGGAAAGGCCCCAGCACCCGUGCCCCUGACAGGGAGAAGCAAAGGGCUCCGGGGACUGGGGGCCGGUGGCGGUGGUCUCCAGAGCACAAGCUGCAGCGGGCCCUGAGCCCUGGGGAGGCGUACGCCAAGGGGUCAGAGGCGCCUGCCUCCUCGCUGCGCCUGGCAGAGGAUGCCGUCCUGCUACCUUUUGCUGACCGCAGAAAGUUCUUUGAGGAGACCAGCAGAUGCGUGGCGCAUCUCCCGGCCCGGCACAGCAAUUCCCCCAGCUUUCGGCCAAAGGCAGCCGAGUCGCAUGCCUUUCAGCCACUGGGCACUGAAUGUCGGGAGCUGCGGCGCUGUUCCGUGGACCAGUCCUACCCGCCCCUGUCACCGGGGCGGCAGAAUCUCCCCACCUAUGCCGAGUGCUGCCUGGAGCCGCCUGUGUGCUACGCUGGCCUCCCGCGGCAUGGCGAGUUCGAGUACCUGCGGCCCUUUGCCCGGGCCUGUGCCGGGACAGCCCCGGUGCUCCGCGAGCCCUGCCUCUACUGCUCUGGUGACAUGUGCCCCGCACUGCUGCAGAGGAACAUGCAGCCCAGCCACCAUGGCUAUCGUUGCCACCCCCAUCCCUGGGUGCCGCGGUGUUCCGACUGCUGCUGCUCUGUUCCCCACAAGGCCCUGGAGGAGACAGAGCCCUGGCCUGGGAGGAAGGCCUUCUUGCCGGAAUUUCCUCUGGAGGAGUGGGAGCCUGGGGUGAUAAACAGGAAGGGCAGCCAGUCAGUGAGCGAGCUGGCACACUACGAGAUUGGCUUCCAGAAGGAGGGUUCCUGCCGGCCCUGCUUGGAGAGCUCUGAACAGACGUGGCCUCCUUGCUACCGGGCCGCGUCCUCUCUCGAUCUCUCUUGGGACUGCGAGCGGCGUGUGCCAGAGAGCCCCAGCGAGCCACUCCAUCGCCCGCUCCGGGGCAGGGCCUUCUCCGAGAGCCACCUCAACAUGGAGCCGCCCAGCACCCGGGGCCAGGAGAUGAGAGAUGCCCUCUUAGCCAAGCUAGAUGAGAUGCACCCGAUGCCUCCGUGUCCGGCCAGAAAGAAAGGGCCGCCCCCUCCCCGGCCCCCACCCCCUAACUGGGAGAAGUACAGAACUCGCCGGGCCUCCCACCACCACCUUUACCCACUGGAGCCCACCGGGCCCGGCUCAGCAUUGUUCGCAGUGCCCCUGGGACAGCCUCACUACCAAGGCGGUGGCAGCGUGGAGACUGCAAGGCAGCGCUCCCAGAGCCUUCCCCUGGACAAGCUCCCUGGGGACUCGGUCAAGCCUGUGGCCAUCUCACAGCCUCAAAUGCCUGGCACCCUCCCUCAGGAAUCCCUGGACACCGGGCACCUGCCAGAGCAGGGGAACAACCAUCACUACUACUGCCACGUCUCGCCUCGGGAGCCACUGGCACUGGACAUGGCCACCAGGAACGCUCCCAGGCCAGAUGGGCUCUCAGAGGUGGGGGUGAAGGAGACGCCACGGUGGGAUAAGGGCAGGUCUGUAAAGGAUGAACAAUACCAAGUGAUUAGCUGGGGCCAGGAGCGCCAGCGGCCCAGCCCCCCCUGCCUGGCCCCCGAGGAGGUGGAGUCGGCCCAGGAGAUCGCAGAGGUGGAGAGCUGCCGGCUGGGCCGGCAGCCGCCCUGCCGAAUGACCUCAGAGGAACUGAUGCGAGACGUGGCGGGCAGGGAUCGUUCCCUGGCAGGUGUGCUGAGCCCAGCCUCUAGCAUGGUGACAGCCGCCGAGGUCAUGGGAGAGCUCUUCUCGGUGGGGGACCACCACUCGUGGAAGGACCAUUACCAGCAGGACUGGCGGCUGGAGAAGCAGAGUGAGGCUGGGGCUCAGGAAAGGGAGGAGUUCCAGCCCAUCUCCUCUCCCCUGGGAGGCGCUGUCAGCCCCACCUCCUACUCAGCCUAUUACAACACCUCGGCGGGCAAAGCUGAGCUGCUCAACAAGAUGAAGGAGCUGCCGGAGGGGACCUCAGAAGAGGAAGAGGUGGAUCACGAGCUAGCACAGAAGAAGGCGCAGCUCAUCGAGAGCAUCAGCAGGAAGCUGGCGGUGCUGCAGGAGGCACAGCGGGGCCUCCAGGAGGACAUCAACGCCAACGCAGCACUGGGGGAGGAGGUGGAGUGCCAGGUGAAGGGCGUCUGCAAACCCAAUGAAUUUGACAAGUUCCGUCUCUUCAUCGGAGACCUGGACAAGGUGGUAAAUCUGCUGCUGUCACUCUCGGGGCGGCUGGCCCGGGUGGAGAAUGCCCUCAACAGCCUGGACCAUGAGGCCACCAAGGAUGAGAAGCUGGCGCUGCUGGAGAAGAAGCGUCAGCUGACAGAGCAGUUGGAGGAUGCCAAGGAUCUGAAGGAGCAUGUGGAUCGGCGAGAGAGGGCCGUGUUCGGCACCAUCUCACGCUCCCUGCCAGCCGAGCAGCUCCAGGACUACCAGCACUUUGUCAAGAUGAAGUCGGCCCUCAUCAUCGAGCAGCGGGAGCUGGAGGAGAAGAUCAAGCUGGGGGAGGAGCAGCUCAGGUGUCUCAGGGAGAGCCUCCUGCUUGGGCCCAGAGAUUAUUAGCCCCAGCGCUACCCUCCUGGUGGCUAUGUGGCCACGGUCUCCUCCACAGUGGUGCGGCCUAGAGCUGACAGCCUUCUCACAGGCUGCUGCUGGAGGACCCUGGAGCAGAGAGGGGUGUGUGGGAGCAUCCCGCCACCCCCCAUGGCCUCCCAGCUGGUGACCCAAGCGAAUGGUGCCAGUGCGCGUCGUUCUCCUCCCUCCCCAUCAAUGCACUGAUUCAGUGGGAGCCCGUCACGUGUCUUCCAGCUGGCAAGAUCCAGCAGGGCACUGGCACGAAAGGGGGGUUCAGCCCUUCCCAGGAUGCCAUGGCCUGAAGCCCCAAAGAGGGGGAGGCUGCACUAGCUAUCUCCUCUAGCACCGAGCUGCCAUGGGCCGGGCCACCAAAGCCAAGCAAACAGCGCUCCGGGUGGGAGGGGCUCUGCUGGAGAGCGGGCCGGGAUUUCUGGAGCUGAACUGGAAGCCAGAGGAAACUGGACUCUUCAACACGCCAAAGGGGAUGUUGCUUUCGCUUCCCCAGCCCUUGCCAAGGUUUGCAGCAGGUUCUACAGCCAGCCGGGAGAGCCCCACAGCUGGCCCCCGCUGCUGCCUGCCCAAAGAUCUCCCUCUCCAUUGUGCGGUGCCAGGGUGGGGCAGAAGACAUUGCUGCCCCACUGCUAUGACCCCAGGUGGCACGACCAAAGAGGAUCUCGCACCAGUGCCUUAUCCGUGUGUGUGAGAUCCCUGCCAAUGUUAUUUAUUUUUGUAUUUUUAAGUUGCUUUUUUCCUGUGGAGGGGCCUUGUGGGAAGGAAGAGGGGCAGGCGGGAAGGGGGAGGAGCACAUGUGGUGGGGGAGGAGCCAGGGACCUUAGCGCCAGGGAGAGCCUGUCCCCAACGCCAACUUCCUGCCCAGCCCUGGCUUUCAGCCAUGGCGCUAGGACUGUACGUUCCACCCAAAGCAGGGCCUGGAACCAGUAGCCCCCAAGGGACAGGGAAUGGGAUGAGCCCCUGGCCCUCUAGCUGGCUGCCAAGCUGCCUGGCUCUUCCUCAGCCCUCGCUGUUUUGGGUAUGAGGGGGUCGGGGACCUCUGAACAUCCCGCAUUUCCUGCCAGGUUCAAGAUGUUCUUAACUGAAGGCUCCCCCUCCUGUAGCCAAGACCAGCUCCACACCAGGAGUGGGCACUGCCUCCCCCCCCCCCCCCAGUGCGGACCCCUCACCCAGGGUUUAGCUGAGGAGGCACUGCCCCCCCCCCCCCCCAGUGCAGGCCCCUUGCCCAGGGUUUAGCUGGGGAGGCACCACCCCCCAGUGUAGGUCCCUCCCCUGAGGUAUAGCUGAGGGGCACUUCCCCCCUGUGCGGGCCCCUUGCCUACAGUUUGUUCUGAGUCCAUUCCAGGAGGGUCCAAGAACCCAGGCCAGGGUCACCUGGUAUCGGCUCACACCCAGAUUCUACUGCAGUUGCGACUCAUCCCCAGCUGUUACCAUGUGGGGCAGUGGCUGGGGCAUGGGAAUGGAAGCCCAGGACUCCUGGGUUCUCGUCCCGUUUCACCCACUGAUUGUGUGUGACUAUAUGCACUUCCUUGUCUGUGCCUUCCUCAUGCCUGCUGUACGAUGGGGUGAUGCCACCUGGGCAUCUUGGCAAGGAGCUGGGAGCUCUGUGCAGAAACCCCAUUCCCCAGACCAUCCUGUCUCUGAUAAGCUCAGACACCUGGUGCUAAGUGGCCACCUGCCCUGGCUUUCAGGUCCCAGCGUCCACCUUGCCCUGGGGCAUGUGAGGGCUGGAGACCCAUUUGUUUGUCCAUGGGGUAGCUUUAGGCGCCUGUGGCCAGCAGCUCUGGUGCCUUUGGUGCGUGAUGGGAGGGUCUGGGCCCUGCUGUCACACCUGCUCACAUUAGGGCACUGACUCUCCUUUGCCGCCCUCGCCACCUGUCCCAUCUGCACCUGCCCUGCUCCUGUCUCCAUGGCGGAAGCCUCCCAGUGCUCUUGCAUGGUGCAGGUGUGGCACUGCUCUGUCCCCCUCCCCCUCCGCCCCCCCCAGCUUUGGACCCUAUGUCACCACCAUGCCUAUCCAGGUGGCAUCUGCUCCGCUUGUCCAAUUGCAGGGGGAUCGCGGAGUGGAGUUCCAUGCCCUAGUGGAAUGGGUUCUGGAGCGUGUCUCCCUCUCAGUAUGUGAUUGCUGAUGCAAUGUGCUGCUGCAGACCCUACAGGCCUCCCAGUUGGGUACCCCUUGUCUUGCUGGUUGCCAGUCUCCAUAGGAGCUGUUGUGGCCAUCCAGCGUACCUUAUAAACACAUCAUAUCACAUGAGCAAGUAGCUCAGGGAUAAGAGGCAACAGGAGAAAGCACUAACCCAGGAACCAAAGCCUCUUGCUGCCAUCUCUGUGUCUGGGCAUCUAGUGUGGCCCAAGCAGCCAGAUCCCAGUCUGUCCCAGGUGCAAACCCUGUGCCAUUGUUCUGGGAUUUACCUCCCUGAGAACUGCACCUGGACUGUAGCUAUAGAGACACGAUGGCACCCUAUAGUUCUGUAGAAGCAGGUUCAGGCUGGGAUUUCCUGGCAUUAAGGACUUGAGCUGGUCUGUUCCUCCCGGCCCCCGCACUCCAGCACUUCUGGUCGUAAAGUGUUAAUCACUUCUUCUAACACACAUGGCUUCUAAAGUAACCAAAGGAAUUUGCUGGGGACCUGCCACAAAUUCUCAGCCCCCGACAUCCUCUUCCUCUCCAUUGUGUUUGGAACAAUAGUCUAAACCCACUAGCUGCUUAAAUCUCUCAGUGUUGUGCUGGGCGUGGCCCACGCCUGGGCUCAGAGCCCCUGCCCUGCUAUCUGUGACGCUAGCCAGCCUAGGCUAUUACUGCAGAGAGGAGACUGAUGCUGCCUCCCAGCUGGCUCCUGGCAGCCCGGGCAGAGCCCUUGGGAACUCUCUCUUUCUGGCAAGUCAGAGGGUCUAUCCCUCCCCUAGGAGCUGAGUAGGAACCUGACCAGUGGGCUGCCUCUCCCACUAGCAGCCCCUGGAGGAGAUCCCUGCUGUAGCUCUGCAGCUGGGUGGGGGUGGGAGGGCACGUUCCCAGAACACCAGGGAUGCCAGCCCUGCUGCAAAUGCUAGUGUGGGGUUGGAGUUGAGUAGGGUAUAGAAGGAACUCUGGGGAGACAGGAGCAUGACAGCACUUGUUCCCAUGGGCAGGAGCUGUGCUAGGCAGAGCCCAUGCAGGGGGCACAGCUCUCCAUUCACCAUGGGUCAGAGAGAAGUGCAAGGGUCUGGCCACAGCUUUGGGCAGCUGCUGGUUGGAGGACAUGGAGCUAAACUGGGAGACAGCCUGGUCCUGCCUAUAUUCUGAUCCGAGAGUGUGAGGGAACCCCCAUUUGAAGUGCCCCACCUCCCUGCCUGAUGCAUUCCCAGACUCUCCCUGGCAUGGUGCCAUCCAGGGAGGUUGGGAUAGGCCGAUGCACAUUGUGUGCCCAAUGGGACCGCACAGAUCAGGGCUCGGUACUACUGGAGAGGUGCUAAGCUCUCAUUGCACUAUGGGUUUUGGGUGCUCUAUGCCCAAGGGGGAUCAGGCCCCACGUCAGAGCAGGGCCAGGCUUGUGCCCUUCCCUUCCCACUCAGCUGCAGGGCAUGCAGUGGGCAGCUAGCUGUAGCCAGACACCCUAUCACGUGCCAUUCCUCAUGUGCUCAUGCACCCAGUGAGAUACCUCACCCCUCAGCCAGGAGUGGACCGGGGACAGGCAUAAAAACAAAGACAUACAUUGAAAAUAACCUAACCCCUUGUCGAUACAAAAAUAGCACUUAAAAAGGGAUGGGUCAUUUGCUUAUGACUCAUCUGGGUCACACUCUUUUUAAGGGGAAGAUUCUGAGCUAGCGAUUCGGGGGGAAUAGCUAAAACACUAAUCUCUUCAAAUGCUCCUUAACACUAACUGCAACUACGCUAAACUUUUGACAUUCUCCACCCAGGAAGAGACUGUAGCAAGGAUGGGAUGUUUCCAAUGUGCUCAUUGCAGUAAGAACCACUCCUGCAACGGUCUCUCUUGCAUCCAGUACUAAACCCUUGAAAAGAAAUUUGACAUAAGCUUUUUGCUGAAUUUGCACGUGCAUCUUUUCCAAUCGAGCCUUGGAACCUGAAUAAAACUGGCUGUAGCCAAAGAGGAAAUAGCUGCUUUAGAAAAAUAAACAACUGAUUUGCAAAUAAUUCAGGUUGAGUAAUUACAAUGUUAUGUGAAAAUGCAGCAAAGGGAGCUCAGCGUUUCAGUGCAGGGUAUCCUGUUGCCUCCAGGAGGUAAUUAAAGCCAUGGGAUGAGAAGACUCCUGAAAUAAUACAGGAAUAUCGAACUGGAAAUCCCAUUGUUUCCAUGCUGGGCUCUGGAUUUCUGAUGUGAAUCAAAUUCCUGGAAUCCUUUUUGAGCAGUUAGCAGAUGUGAUGUUACAGCCCCCUUUAAAGAGUCUCCUCCCCCAGGGUGUUCAGAAAUGGAACUGGGCCAUGGCACCACUUAACAAUUAUCUCUGACAUCCCUUACAUGCAAUGACGAAGCCUCCUUAACACUACACAGAUUUAAAAGCUCUGCUGUACUUUUCACCCUCUAGGCUGUUGGACCCAUUUCACUUCACUCAUCUCAGACAGUGGAACUAGCCUGGUCAAGAUCACACACUGUCCAUUUCACUUCCUGAUUUUCAUGCACUUACCCAAGGCUGCCCUGAUUUGAGUUUCUAACACUACAGGGAAGGUUAAAUCCACCCAAAGCCUUUGGAGCCUGAAAAUGAAUUAUUUAUGUGCCCAGAGCCCAACACACACCCACCUGUACAA